GGGGGUUAUGACGAGUGAGGCAUGAGUGUGAGAGUAAACGUGGGCGCGAGAGCGAGGAUGAGCAAGAGAGAAAGACGUUGAGGGAGCGAGAGUCAGCGGGUGAGCUUGCGAGGGCGUGUUUGCGUACGUGGUUGACGCAGUUCUUUGUGCGCGCGCAAUUCGGCCGGACACCACCAGCGUGACGGCAAAGAGAGCGAGCAUCGUCAGUCACGGCGCUGGACGCCGAGAGUCUUCUGUUCGUGCGUGCGCAGGGGAAAAAAUUGCUGCUUGCUCUUCUUGCUCUUGCUACAGCUACAGCUAUUGCUGCUGCUGCUGCCGCCGCCGCCGCCACCGCAGCUUCUUCGUCCUCUUCUCUGUCCUCCAGCACGCUGAAGAGCAAUCUGUCUGCGCCUACACUCUCUUCGUCUUCUUCCCUCUCGCCUCGCUCCUCUCUUUCUCUGCUCCGUCUUCCUCCAUCUCCUUCUUUUUUCCCCUCUCUUCUGCCAUUAGCGACUUCGCCGCGCUGCUUUCUCGCUAUUCCCAUCCCCACUCCUCCCGCCGCCUACGUCGUCUGGUUUUUUUUGCCUCCGCCAUUUCUCCUGCUCUCCGUCCGCCUGCACAAGCUCGGCCAGGUCAGAACGUCUGCCUUCCGCCACUUCCACCAUCUCCCUCCACCCACCCCUACUCUGCACCGCAAACGCUUUCGUUGUCGUGCACAUCGCGCCGUUGAUCCCGUCCAUUCCACAUCAGAAAUCCAUUCCUCACUGCAGCCAACCCGCUCUCUGCAGCCUGGCACCCCCCACCUGAGGAGUGGUCGAGCUGCUCCACCAUGGAUCAGAUCAACAGCGACAUGCUCGUGGACCAAGACUACGAGGACAAGCAGGAUGUCGCCAUCAUCUCGCCCGACGAAUCCAUGGACGAGGCAGACCCCGAGCCCGAACCCGAGCUGCGCGCCGACGACUACGAUGCCAUGAAGAAGCGCUUCCUUCCCCUGCAGGACGGUCUCGACGUCGAGGCCGAGGCAGUCCACACCUGGCACAUCGAGAACUGGCGGACGCUGCCAAAGAAAGAACACGGCCCCAUUUUCAAGUGCGGUGACCACCCCUGGCGUGUGCUCUUCUUUCCCCAGGGCAACAACGUUGACCACGCAUCCUUCUACCUAGAGCAUGGCUUCGAGGACAAGGUCCCCGACGACUGGUACGCCUGCGUCCAGUUCAUGCUGUGCCUAUGGAACCCAAACGACCCCCGCAUGUUCAUCUCGCAUACGGCCACGCACAGGUUCAACGGCGACGAAGCCGACUGGGGCUUUACUCGCUUUGCUGAGCUGCGGAAGCUGUUCGCCCCACGCUGGGAUAGCUACGACAGGCCCAUGGUCGAGAACAACUCGGCCAACCUGACCGCCUACGUGCGCGUGUACAAGGAUCCCACCGGAGUGCUGUGGCACAACUUCAUCAACUACGACUCCAAGAAGGAGACGGGCAUGGUUGGCUUGAAGAAUCAGGGCGCCACCUGCUACCUUAACUCGCUCCUCCAAUCGUUGUACUUUACGAACCUGUUCCGCAAAUCCAUAUACCAGAUACCCACCGAGCACGAGCAGGACUCCAAGGCAGACAGUGCGUACGCGCUACAGCGACUCUUUUACCAGCUUCAGACCAGCAACACGGCGGUCAGCACGAAUGAGCUUACUAAAGCCUUUGGCUGGGACUCGCGACAGAUUUUCGAGCAGCAGGAUGUGCAAGAGCUGUCGAGAAUACUCAUGGAGCGCAUGGAGGAGAAGAUGAAGGGCACCGAGGCUCAAGACGCUCUUCCAAGGAUGUUCGUCGGCAAGACCAAGACGUACAUUUCGUGCAUAAACGUCGACUACGAGUCGUCAAGAAUUGAGGACUUUUGGGACAUCCAGCUCAACGUUAGUGGGAACAAGGACCUCGACGCGUCCUUCAGGGACUACAUUCAAGUCGAGACCAUGGAGGGCGAGAACAAGUAUUUCGCCGAAGGCUUCGGACUGCAGGAUGCCAAAAAAGGCGUCAUCUUCGAGAGCUUCCCCAAUGUGCUGCACUUGCAGCUCAAACGAUUCGAAUACGACUUCCAGCGCGACGCCAUGAUGAAGAUCAACGAUAGAUACGAGUUCCCUGAGAUAUGGGACGCAUCGCCCUACCUAUCGGAAAACGCGGACAAGUCCGAGCCGUACAUCUACCACCUGCACGGCGUCUUGGUGCACAGCGGCGACUUGAACGCUGGCCACUACUACGCCUUUUUGAAGCCGAAGAAAAACGGCCAGUGGUUCAAGUUCGACGACGACAGAGUGAUGCGCUCCCUGCCUCGGGAAGCCAUCAGCGACAACUUUGGUGGCGAGCUCACGACGGCAAACGGAGCGCCCCAACGUAAUCCGUACACGCGGACAUGGACGACCAAGCGCUCGAACAACGCAUACAUGUUGGUGUACAUUCGGGAAUCUCGGCUUGAUGAGGUGCUGUGUCCCGAGUCGGAGCUGCAGCCGCCGGAGCACCUUGCUCGCAAGAUUGCCGAAGAGAAGGCUCUGGCCGAGAAGCUGCGCAAGGAACGAGAGGAGGCCCACCUUUACAUGGAGGUGUAUGUGGCAACAGAUGCCAACUUCAAGGCGCACCAAGGCUUCGACAUCGUGCCCUGGAGGGCCGAUGCGGCGGUGAACGAAGCCGCGCGACCGAAGAGCAAGCGCGUGUUGAGGGCAAAGCAAGUCGCAGAUUUCGUCGAGGAGUGGGCCGUCGAGCAAGGCCUCGAUCCGCGGAUGUGCCGACCGUGGGCAAUGGUAAACCGACAGAACGGUACCGUGCGACCAGACCGGGUAAUCUUGGAACCGGACAUUACCAUUGAACAGGCUUCAAACACGUACGGCACAAAGAGCCCGGCAUUCAAGAUCUGGAUGGAAAUCGCGACCGAGACAGACAAGGACGGCAAACCCCUCUAUUUGGAUGCCGCAGUUGACCAGAGCAACCCUCAGAAUCGUGCGAUCGUGCUCUUCCUCAAGUACUUUGACGUCGAGACGCAGAGCCUCCUAGGCAUCGGGCACUUCUAUGCGGGACAGCAGGAUCGUGCUGCGGAUCUUGCGCCGUGCGUUCUCAAGAUGCUGGGCUGGCCUGCGGGCACGGCGUUCAAGAUGUUCGAGGAGAUCAAGCACAAUAUGAUUGAGCCGAUCAAGUCGAAGCAGACCUUGGCACAGUCCGAAAUCCAGGACGGCGACAUCAUCACCGUUCAGAAGAACCUCUCCGACAAGGAGGCCAGCGCCAUCGCUGCAGCGGGCAAGAUUGUCGACUGUAGAGAGUACUACGACAACUUGCUGCACAAAGUGAAAGUUAAAUUUGUGCCCAGGUUUGACGACGGAACCGGGGGCGAGUUUGAGCUUGAGCUGUCCAAGCGCAUGACGUACAACAUGUUUGCGCAACGGGUUGCAGAGUUCUUGGGUCCGGACGUCCAGGCGGACCAUCUCAGAUUCUCGCCCGUAAACGCGCAUACUGGACGAGCAAAAGCUCCCAUUCGGCACACGACGACGCACAACCUUGGCACUCUCCUGCAGCCGGGCUAUAAUUCGUACGGCCAGGCGCAAAAUCAACUUUCCGACGCUUUCUACUACGAGAUUCUUGAGUUCAGCUUGUCGGAGCUCGAGCAGCGAAAGAGUGUCAAGCUCACGUGGCUUCCCGAGGGCAUCAGCAAGGAGGAGCCGCUGGAGCUUCUUGUACCGAAAACGGGCACUCUUGAAGACGUCAUUGCAGCCAUCCAGCGCAAGAUCGGCGUCGAAGCCCUGCCAGACGACAAGCUGCAGCGCGUACGAAUCUUGGAAUGUCACGCAAACAAGAUUUACCGCGAACUCGUGCCCUCCUUCGCCGUCAGCAACCUCAGCGACUUCACGGCCCUGUACGCCGAGGUGGUUCCGGACGGUGAGAUGAAGGGCGAGUACGACGAGGAGAACGCGGGCUUGCUACAUGCCUUCUCGUUUGACAAGGAGGUCAGUAAGCCGCACGGCAUACCGUUCAGGUUCUUGGUCAAGAAGGGCGAACCGAUGAAGGAAACGAAGGAGCGGUUGAGCAAGCGCACGGGGAUCAAGGGCAAAGCGUUUGAGCGCAUAAAGUUCGCCACGGUCCACCGAUCGCCGUAUGGAAAGGUUGAGUAUCUCGAAGAUGACGACAUCUUGUGGGACAAGGCGAUUGCGUCCGAUAUCAAUCUGGGCCUCGACCACACAAACAAGCAGCGUUCGAUAUGGAGCCGUGCGGAAAACAUCUUCAUCCGGUAAUCACGAAACUGUACCAAAUCCCACCACUGCGUUUUCAUUUGGAUCAGUUAUUUCGUAAAGAUACAACAAUGAGGGGAGCGCUUUUAUGUCUUUGCAUGUGCAUAGCCAUUAGGCGGUUGAAUCAUUAUUGUUUCUCCCCGUCUUCGUCCACAAACUUCUUGCUCUAGGAUAUUCUCUUUCCAGCCGGCAAAGGGAGAAAAAGG